CGGUGGAGAUGCGGAAGUUGUUUUAGUAGAAGUUUUAGCAGAAGUUUCUGUAAUCGAUUGUUGUGUUCAUAAAGAAAAGUAUAUUAGAAUGCAUUUCACGUGUCACUUUGAAAUUUUGCUGGUGAUUAAUAAACUAUACUUAAAAUAAUGUUAUUGUGAUUAGAAAGUUCCCAGUAACCUACUAGGUACUUUUUCGAUAGAACCGCAAUUCAGUAGCACAGCUGAUAAUUGUUUCCAGGAAUUUGACAAAACAGGUCAACUAGCAACAAAGCGGCAAUAGUGACGAGUACCGCAGGAAAAUAUCGUCAAUGCCCGUAACCCGCACCCGGUGGAGAAUCAUGAACACAAACUACCCCAAAGCACCCCUUGGAAUUAGGCUUGUUACCGCCCUUAGCGGAAAGCUUUGUUCCCGAUGGCAGGCAAAUCGGCUGCUGUGGUUCAAAUGUUCGAUUCUCACCCUAACCUACCUGGCUUACAUGUGCUAUCACAUGACGCGAAAACCGAUCUCGGUUGUCAAGUCCGUCUUGCAUCGCAACUGCAGCGGCCUCCAGUUGCCGCCGGAAUUUGUCCACAAUAUGGGCGAACCACCGAACGAUAGCACCUGGUGCGACUAUCCUCCCUUCGAUGGACCGGAUUCGGCUGCACUGCUCGGCUCACUGGAUUCGUCGUUCCUGUUUAGCUACGCCAUUGCGAUGUUCUUUUCCGGAUUCAUUGCCGAACGAGUCUCGCUGCGGUACUUCCUGUCGCUAGGAAUGCUGUUCUCCGGUAUCUUCUGCUACCUGUUUGGAGUUGCCAAAGUGUACGACAUCCAUUCGAUGGCUUAUUUUGUGUUCGUCCAGGCAAUGGCCGGAAUAUGUCAAACAACAGGUUGGCCCGGUGUAGUGACCAUUGUUGGUCGUUGGUUUGGCAAAUCGAAGCGAGGAUUGAUAUUUGGCAUCUGGAACAGUCACACGUCGAUCGGAAACAUUCUGGGAUCUUUGAUUGCGGCACACUACGUCGAAAGCGACUGGUCCAUGUCGUUCAUUGUGCCGGGAUUUUUGAUGGGAGUUUUUGGCUUUAUCAUGUUUCUGUUUUUGGUUGAUCGACCAGAAAUCGUCGAUUGUCAGGAAAAGGUUGGCGAUCGGCCCGGCGGAUACAAACGGCUGGAAGAGGGCAAAACAGGCGAAUCUGGAGAUUCAGACGUUGAUGAGGCCGUUGGAUCUAGUAUCUCCAGUGAACAGGAUGUAAAUGAACGCACACCAAUCAUAGGCAGUAUUAAUCGUACUCCCGUAAAUCAUGCUGCAAUUGGUUUCGCAGGAGCACUGAAAAUUCCGGGCGUGAUUGAAUUCUCUCUUAGCUUGUUUUUCUCCAAGCUAGUCAGUUACACAUUCCUUUACUGGCUGCCACUAUAUAUCCAAUCGUCCACUACACUUAGUCCUGAGCUAAGUGCUGAUUUAUCAACAUUGUUUGAUAUUGGAGGCAUUGUUGGCGCUAUAGCGGCCGGACUGAUCUCCGAUUCUACCGGGAUGUCCGCAACUACCUGCACGGGAAUGUUGUUACUAGCUGCUCCAACGUUGCUUGUCUAUCAAAGAUUUGGUGCGAUCUCAUUAUCGUUUAACAUUUGUCUGCUGUUCCUGGCUGGUGUGCUUGUAAACGGUCCCUAUGCUCUUAUUACUACUUCCGUCAGUGCUGAACUAGGUCAACAUAGUUCGCUAAAUGGAAAUGCGAAAGCACUGGCCACCGUUACCGCUAUCAUCGACGGUACUGGUUCUAUAGGAGCGGCCGUUGGACCCCUCUUCGCCGGUUUGGUAUCGUCGUCCGGGUGGCAAAAUGUUUUCUACAUGCUAAUCUUGUCAGAUAUUCUAGCACUGCUGCUACUGCUGCGUUUAGCCGGUAGAGAGAUAACACGUCGCGUACGGCGGCGGAAUAUUCGCAUCGAAUGAGUAGAAGAAUGAAUGAAUGAAUGAGGAGCGAGCGGUGGCGUGAGAGACUUUGCGAGCGCUUAGUAUAUAGUAUAACCAAAAAGCAUAAAAUGUCCACUAUAGUUGUUUUUCAAUAUUUUGAAAUACAUUGACUAAUUUUAGCUGCCAGGAUUUGGUUGCAGUGGAGGCUUAUUAAAUAUGGAACUUUUUUAUAUUGAAAUAAAAUUUUAGUUAAAAAUGCC